CAGGGGAGAGCGCCGUGUGCUAAGUGUGAGCCCAGUAACCGCCUGGUUUCUGUGAAGAUUUCUGUAUUAGACCUUUGUUAUGGCCACGUUUGCAGUCUCCCUUGUUUGCCGCCCUGGCAGGUUUCUAGCUGAUAAAACAAUGAAGCUCAUGUGUUUCCAGCAGAAACCUCGCCAUUCCUGUCCAUUGUCCACUGUUAGCACUAAAAUGAACUGGGCAGCUAUUGAACGAAGCAAGCAGUUCCCAACUUGGGAAAGCUUUGGCAUUUGGUUAGAUGACCCAGUUAUUUUACCACCUAGAAUAUCAGCUCUUCAAUAUAAAGAGAAGAUAGCCAAUGUUGGCUGUGUAUGCCAGAUUGGAAAGAGAAAAGAGAAUGAAGAUCGCUUCAGUGUACUUAAACUUCCAAAUGGAUUAUCAUGUUUUGCUGUCUUUGAUGGGCAUGGAGGGGCUGAUGCUGCUGAAAUUUGUUCCCAAUACAUUGGGCACUAUAUUCAACAAAAUCUAAAAAUAGAAGCAAAUUUGGAAAAUGUCUUGCUACAUUCGUUUCUACAAAUAGAUAGUGACUUCAUACAAAACACUUAUGGUUUGAAGGAAGGUGAACUGUUAACAUCAGGGACAACUGCAACUGUAGGUUUGAUGAAUGAAACAGUGCUUGUAGUCGCCAGUGUUGGAGAUAGUCCAGCGAUUCUUUGUCGUGAAGGGAAAGCUAAACAAUUAACAGAAGAUCACACCCCAAGAAGGAAAGAUGAAAGGAAAAGGAUUAAGGAAUGUGGCGGUUUCAUAGACUGGAAUAGUGCUGGAGAUCCUUAUGUGAAUGGUCGAUUAGCCAUGACUCGUAGCAUUGGGGAUGUGGAUCUCAAACCUUUUGGAGUAACUGCUCAACCAGAAGUUAACACAGUCAAGUUAGAACAUACAAAAGACUGUUUCCUGAUCCUGACCACUGAUGGAGUUAGUGGAAUUAUGGAGGCACAAGAGAUGUGUGACAUUGUGAAAAAAUACCAGGAUCCAUCAGAGGCUGCUGGAGUUGUAAAUGAGCAGGCUCUGCAAUAUGGAACACAAGACAAUGUAACUACCAUGGUUGUGCCACUUGGUGCCUGGGGGAAAUACAGUACUUCACUUGGUCAGACCAGUUUUGGAAGGAUGAUGGUUGCAAGCUCCAGAUGGUACUGAGUGUUCACUGAUAUUGGAAACUACUAUAGACGAAUCCAGAUUACCACCAUUUUUUAUAAAAUAUAUGUUUGUACUUGUGUGUUUUUGGAUUUUUCCUACAUAUGUUGCAACAGAAAUUGAUACUGUGUGUAAUCCACAUCGGUUAUUUUUCUUUGUUAGAUCUGAAUACUGUUGCCAUUCACUUGGCAAUGUCAGCCUUUGACUAUCCAUUCUGACUUUGCCACGGUUGACUUGUAGCUAUAACCCAACAUUCAAGUAAGUGUCCUAACAUCCCUGGUGUUCAUAUGUAUAUUAUACUAUAGCAUUGGACAAGAGGCAAUUGUGAUUUACAUGUAAUGUGUGUAAGCCUGAAAAGCUGGGUGGGGAGCAAGGAAGUGAGUUGAGUAUCAGCACAGACAUGAUGGGUGAAAAGGCUUAUCCUAUGAUGUACAUAAAAAUGGACUAACCGAUCCAUGUCUUCAUUUAUGGUUCAUGUGCAUGUUAUGGACUGGACCAGACUCCAUCCAAAUCUAUUAAGAAGAUAGGAUCUAGGUUAACUCUUAUUUUAAAGGCAAGUUCCUGGCAUCUUGUUCCCAAUAGAAUCCGAUUGGUCAAACUGGAUUUAAGGCAAAACACACUUUAUUCAUCCUCUAUAGUUAAAAUACAAUGAGAGAAGAAAUUGGAAUACUUAACUCUAUUGGGAAAAUUAACAGAAUAAUAAAUUAUUAACUGUUCCAAUAUAGUAACAACCCACAAACACACCUUAAAAGAAAAUUCAGAUACUGUCUCAAAUGCAACUCCAGCAGCAGGAAGAGAACCCACAGCUUUUAGCUGGAUCCAAGAAGAGUGGGGGGAGGAAGUAUCUUCCACUUUUUCAAGAUACUUGAAAACUAAAACUGAAAAUCCUGGUUCUGUGGGAGCUUGACCACACCCAUUCAGGCUGCUUCUGUUGCUCGAUUUGAAAAACCCAAGUCUUCACAAUCUGUUUAUUUUGCAUUUUCAGUAAGCACCUCAGCACCUCUGUUUUCCUCCUUUCUUAAAAACCAGGAUAAAAUAUACCUCUUAAAGUCCGAGUAUCGUCACAUGCACCUCUGUGCCUUUUUCAGUAUCUGAGCCCAUUUUAGUUUUCUUGUACACCUAUUCAGUCUUGUCUUUAAAAUGCAUCUGUACAAUUCCCUUCAUUCCAUUCUUCUGGAUGUUUCUCCUGAUUUCCCUAUUUCAUUCCUUAGUUAUCAUAUAUUGAUUUCUAGUUUCACAAUUCCCUUCACAAAUAUUAUCUUGUGGAUGCUGAAUUAAACGCCAGCUCGCGGACGCCUCCUCCUACUGCCCCCUUGACCAUGACCCCACCUCCCACCACCAAACCAUCAUCUCCCAGACCAUCCAUAACCUCAUCACCUCAGGGGAUCUCCCAUCCACCGCCUCCAACCUCAUAGUGCCACAACCCCGCACCGCCCGUUUCUACCUCCUGCCCAAAAUCCACAAGCCUGACUGCCCCGGCUGACCCAUUGUCUAAGCCAGCUCCUGCCCCACCGAACUCAUCUCCGCAUACCUCGACACGAUUCUAUCUCCCUUAGUCCAAGAACUCCCCACCUACGUUCGGGACACCACCCACGCCCUCCACCACCUCCAUGAUUUUCGCUUCCCCGGUCCCCAAUGCCUUAUCUUCACGAAGGACUCAAAGCCCUCCGCUUCUUCCUUUCCCGCCGUACCAACCACCGACACCCUCCUUCGGCUGACUGAACUGGUCCUCACCCUGAACAACUUCUCUUUCCAAUCCUCCCACUUUCUCCAAACUAAAGGAGUUGCAAUGGGCACCCGCAUGGGCCCCAGCUAUGCCUGUCUCUUCGUAGGAUAUGUGGAACAGUCCAUCUUCCGCAACUAUACUGGUACCACCCCCCACCUUUUCCUCCGCUACAUCGAUGACUGUAUUGGCGUUGCCUCAUGCUCCCACGAGGAGGUUGAACAGUUCAUCCACUUUACCAACACCUUCCACCCCGACCUCAAAUUCACCUGGACCGUCUCAGACUCCUCCCUCCCCUUCCUAGACCUUUCCACUUCUAUCUUGGGCAACCGAAUCAACACAGACAUCCACUAUAAACCGACUGACUCCCACAGCUACCUAGACUACACCUCCUCUCACCCUGCCCCCUGUAAAAACGCCAUCCCAUAUUCCCAAUUCCUUUGUCUCUGCCGCAACUGCUCCCAGGAGGACCAGUUCCAAUACUGUACAGCCCAGAUGGCCUCCUUCUUCAAAGAUCGUAGAUUCCCCCCAGACACGAUCGAUGAUGCCCUCCACCGCAUCUCCUCCAAUUCCCGCUCCUCCACCCUUGAGCUCCGCCCCUCCAACCGCCACCUGGACAGAACCCCACUGGUUCUCACCUACCACCCCACCAACCUCCGUAUACAGCGUAUCAUCUGCCGUCAUUUCCGCCACCUCCAAACGGACCCCACCACCAAGGAUAUAUUUCCCUCCCCUCCCCUAUCAGCGUUCUGAAAAGACCACUCCCUCCGUGACUCCCUUGUCAGGUCCACACCCCCCACCAACCCAACCUCCACUCCUGGUACCUUCCCCUGCAACCACAAGAAAUGCAAAACUUGCGCCCACACCUCCUCCCUUACCUCUCUCCAAGGCCCCAAGGGAUCCUUUCAAAUCCACCACAAAUUCACCUGCUCCUCCACACACAUCAUCUAUUGCAUCCGCUGCACCCGAUGUGGCCUCCUCUAUAUUGGGGAGACAGGCCGCUUACUUGCGGAACGCUUCAGGGAACACCUCUGGGACGCCUGGACCAACCAACCCAACCACCGCUCAACCCAACCAAAGGCUCAACACUUUAACUCUCCCUCCCACUCCACCAAGGACAUGCAGGUCCUUGGACUCCUCCAUCGCCAGACCAUAGCAACAUCACAGUUGGAGGAAGAGUGCCUCAUCUUCCGCCUGGGACCCUCCAACCACAAGGGAUGAACUCGGAUUUCUCCAGUUUCCUCAUUUCCCCUCCCCCCACCUUGUCUCAGUCGAUUCCCCCGAAUUCAGCACCGCCUUCCUAACCUGCAAUCUUCUUCCUGACCUCUCAGCCCCCACCCCAUUCCGGCCUAUCACCCUCACCUUGACCUCCUUCCACCUAUCACAUCUCCAUCGCCCCUCCCCCCAAGUCCCUCCUCCCUAUCUUUUAGCUUAGUCUGCUGGACACACUUUCCUCAUUCCUGAUGAAGGGCUUAUGCCCGAAACGUCGAAUUUCCUGUUCCUUGGAUGCUGCCUGACCUGCUGCGCUUUAACCAGCAACACAUUUCCAGCGAUGCUGAAUUAAAACCUUUCAACUUUUUUAUUUUGGGGUCAACACCAACCUUCUGUCUUUUUAAUCUAUUAUUUAAGCACUUGGGACUGAAAUUGUAUUUGCUGGAUUCUGGACUGAGGCCAUCCUGCAUGUGUGAUGUUUGGUCACACAAAUCUGAUCAUAACUGAAAUUGACAGAUUGUCCACAAUUUUCAGAUUAUCUACUUAUCAAAUGUUUAAGUUUGUAAGUCUGAAUGCUCAACAGACUGACUUGUUCAAAUGUCCUUCCUGAUGAAGUGCUUUUGCCCAAAACGUUGAUUUUCCUGCUGCUCAGAUGCUGCCUGAUUUGCUGUGCUUUUUCCAGCACCACACUCUUGACUCUAAUCUCCAGCAUCUGCAGUACUCGCUUUUGCCAAAUGUCCUUCCUCCUGAGCAAAGGUUGUGAAUGAAUCCAUCUGAAUUUGAUACAGCUGCUGCAAUCCUGUAUGGAGUUAUCAUGUAAUCACUGAGCUCAAUAAAACGCAGCCUUUUCAAUUUUACUCUGUUCCAGUUCUUUCCAAUGUAAAAGGCAACUGUAGUUAUGGUGCUAAAGUGUGGUACCCCAUUUAUCCAUUAAAAUUAAUCUGCCAAUUGUAUGUCCAUUCUGAAAGUUAAUAUUAUUUUGUAACUUGUUGCAAUCCUCCUCAUUAUUAACCAUUUCCUCCCACUCUACACUGUCAUCCUACAAAUUCAAAUUGAUUCCAAAGUCCAUAUUGUAAAUCAUGAACAGAACUGGUCUCGUUGCUGAUGCUGGUGAAGUACUACUUCCUAUUUUCUGCCAAACUGAAUAGUUACCAUUUUACUUCUACUGUCAUCAAGACAGUACAACCAGCAAACCAUUGUCAAUUGACUUCACAUUUUGAUUUUGAGAGCACAAUUAGUAUUUUGACCAUUAUCUACUUAUGAUUUCUAAAGGGGAUGCCUAUUUAUUCUACAAUUAAUAUUAAAGGCUCACCAGUCGAAAGUUUCAACUUGCUCUGAAGAAUAGAUAUCGCAGUAGUUAUGUAUUAGCCUUCUGCAACUUUCUGUUAAAUGCAUGUACAGGGAUUACUAUCUCAGUUUUAAAAAUGCAUGGAUGUAAUCAUCUUCCAUCUCCAUCUGUCUUUAACUCCUAUACUUAAACUUAGAAACCAGAAGCAGGAAUUGGCCAUUCAAUCCUUCAAGCCUGUUCUGCCAUUCAACUUGAUAAGACCAAAAUAGAUAGGAGCAGAAAUUACACCAUUCCGUCCAUUGAGUCUGUUUCACCAUUCAGCCCUGAAAAAGGGUUACACCUGAAAUAUCAACAUCUCCACCUCCUGAUGCUGUGGCUUGCUGUGUCCUUUCAGCCCCCUGCUUAUCUACCUUGGAUUCCACCAUCUGCAGUUUUUGUCUCUCCCAACAUCCAAUCCUUUUGCCACUUUCUCCCUGUAGUCUUUGAUCCCUUUGACAGUCAAGAACUUAUCUAUCUCUGUUUUAAAUAUACUCAAUGACCUGACCUCCACUGCCUUCUGUGGCAACCAAUUCCACAGAUUCACCACUCUUUGGCUAAAGAAGUUUCUCCUCAUCUCUGUUUUAAAUGGUUUUCCCUUUACUCUAAGGCUGUGCCCUCCGGUCGUCAUCUCUCCUGCCAAUGGCAACAUCUUCCCAAUGUCCUCUCUGUCCAGACUGUUCAGUAAGUUUCAGUCAGAUCUCCCUCAUCCUCCUUACCUCCAUAGAGUAUAGUCCCAGAGUCCUCAAAUGUUCUUCAUACGUAAAGCUUUUCAUUCCUGGGAUCAAUUUUAUGAACCCCCCCUGGACCCACACUGUGAUAUGGGGUCCUCUAUCUCAAUGACUUGCCUGCCUUUUUCUGAAUGUCCUUUGAUACUGCCUGAAAGCAAUAUACUUUCCUUGGCCUGAGAACCAUUUAAGUCUAAUUGUUUGCCAAUAUGUUGUCCAUUUGAUUUUUUUUUUGGCCCCUAAAGCUGUCACCAGUCUGUUACUUAGUUUUCUUCAUGUUUUAAAUAAAUACCCUGUAUUGUAAUAAUUGUGGUCUCUAUCCCCUUUAAUGUUAGCCAUGCUUGGUUACUUCCCUGUUACUAGAUCCAAUAGCAAAGUUUCCCUUGUUAGACUUGCAGAUUAAAGGUUAAAUUCAUUAACUAUAGUCCUCCUAGACCAUGGGACGACUACACUAUCUGUGGUGGUAUAACCUGAGGGUCACCACCUCUUUGAGGAAGAGAAAGUGUGACUUGCAUGGUAACCUCAGCCAGUGGGGGAAUUGAACAUCACUCUGCAUCACAAACCAGCCAUCUAGCAAACUGAGCUAACAAAUCUGACUUUUGUAAAAAACAUUGUUCCAUUAUCCCCUCUAACUACCACUUCUGGCCAAUUUAAUAUCAGGAUGUUUGAAAACACCCAUGAUUGAACUUUAAAAAUCCAUAAUUUAUUUGCAUAUUUCUUCCAUCUCCUGUCCAGUAUUGUGGUCUGUAGAAUACAAUUAUUUGACUGAUUUUUGUUAUAUUAACUUUAUCUAGUUACUUUUGCUGAUGGCCAUAUUACACUUAUGUACCCUUUCCCUGCUCUGUAUCCUACAGUGUCUAAUUCCCCCAAUGCUGGUUGUCUUAAAAAAAAGCAUGACUAUGUAUUAUUCAAACACUGUAUCCAGUUCUGUUUUGAAGUGUACAAAAUUUAUACUUUAGUCACCUUGUUACACCAUCACAAUUCUAUCUAUCUCCUCUUCUAAGUCGUGUAGAAAUGAUUAAACUAUUGCCUUGUUUUCAAGUCCCAUUUUAUAUAGGGCAGGUUUAUUUUUUGUACAUCCUUCUACCUUUUUUAGAAAGGUAAAAUUCCAAUACUCACGUCUAAAUUGUGCUUCUCUUCUGCUGAUUUGAAGUAUAGCAUCUCACUAACUCGCUAAUUUGAAACAUCUGAAUGGCAUGAAGAUGCUGUAUUUGUGACAAGUAAUUUUCCGUACCCAUUCCAACUGGCUUAAUUUUAAUAUGAAUGCAAAAAACCCUUUAGCACUGCAUGUACUUAAUUAUCAAUUGUAGAUUAUCAUUUCUUUAAUCAGACAUAAUUAACUUGACCCUUUGUUACUGGGUAUAGCUCUUUUUGUUUUCCCUCACUGAACUGUGGAGCUUCCUUUCCUGAAUUUUCUCUUGUUCUAACCUCUCAAGGUGACUUUACAAUCUUUGUGCCUCUAUUGGUUGUCUGUCUGCCUUGUACCUUGAUCCGAACUGGUAACCUGUUUUCAUGUGUGAUUGGAGUGGUUACGUUUAGCCUAUUAGAUGCCCUGCAGUUAUUUUGACCCAAGGUAAAUUAUAGGUAUGUACUUUGUUUCAGAAGGUUAUUGUUGAGACUUCACUAAAUUGGUAUUGUGUGUAUUCAGAAUAUUUAAUUGUAAAGCUGUUCAGAAUCUAUCCAACCGUGUAAUAUCCCCUUGCCACUUGUGUUCUUGUAAAGUGGCUCUGUGGAUGAAUCAGAUAAGGAAUUAACAUUUGUCUGUCAGAUGUUUUAAAGAGUACAUUUUUCAUGGUUUCUCCUGCUCCAGUGCUAAAACAGGAUUUUUUGGUAAACUCCAAUACUGUACCAAGUUUGUUUUCUACCUUUCAGAUUAUUGUUUUGUUGACUGACCUAUCUUAUUUGUGACUUUAAGAAAACUCCAUAUUGGGCUGCUUGUAGUACUGCUCUAAUUGUUUGUUUGUUUGUUUGAUUUGAAUUAAUGCUCUAGUAAAGGCUAAUCAGUAGCUGAAUUUUUCUCACCUUCAAACGCAAGACUUCUCCUUCAAUCCCAUUGUAUCAAAUUGAGAGAGCCUCCAAAGUAUAGCCACUAUAUUGAACCGCAGAAUGCAUUCUGUGUGCAAAAUAACAAUUACUUUUUUGAAUGAUAAAGUUCCAUUAAUGCUCAUUUCCAAAAUUUUGGCUGUGUAGCUGAGGAGCAUGAGAAAUCAGAGGAAAUCCCUGCCCUCCUCCAUGGCAAAAUUGAUUAGUCUGUGUAUUAACACAUUAAUGCAGUAUUGAUCUUGUUUGUUUCAGUUUAACUGUAUUUUGAGUUGUGUCCUUCAACAUAUUGCAUUUUUCAAUCCAAAUUGUUUAAAAAUGUUUGUCUUUGUACAACCUCUUAUCCUCCUCAGUUAGCCUAACUGAUGUUUGACUGAACUUUAGUGUAUGAAAUUGUCUUCUAAAAGUCUACUUCAAAUUUUGUGCAAUGUAAUUACACGUGUAACAUACAAGCUGCGAAUGCAAACGGAUCACUCCCACUGUCUAAAACCCAUUUGUUCAAUUAAAUAUUUUUCAAAUGUUUAACUGUAUUCAGUUUCACCAAGUAAAUGAAUAAAUUAAAUUAUUUUAGCAAA